AUGGCUGAGCAAGCAGGUGGCCCGUCUGGAAAUGUCAAGAUAGCCGAAGCAAAGGCACCCAGGGGAGAGGGGAUAGUAGGCGAGGGUGAACGGGCAGUAUCGUCAGCAUCCGCCUCGGCCGAGAGACGAGGCUCGAGACGCGUAUCUCGUUCUUCUACUAGGACAGAAGAUUAUGCAAACCUUGACGAGUAUGGAAAACUGGUCAAGUAUAUCUCAACCUUCCGUGAAAAGGGCGACGAAGAGGGCGAGCAAAAUUACGAAGAGAAGAGGGUUUGGUACGCGCCUUGGAAGAAACGCAAGGUCUAUCGCAAGACGCAGGAAGAGCCAGGAAAGUACCCUGAAGACUGGCUGAUCACGGACAUCAGCCAGGGCUUGCCUAGCAGUGAGAUACAGAAUAGACGGCGGCGAUCUGGAUGGAACGAGCUGGUUUCCGAGAAGGAGAACCCCGUAGCCAAGAUUCUAUCAUAUUUCCGGGGACCCAUUCUAUAUGUUAUGGAACUUGCCGUCCUACUUGCUGCUGGUUUGCAGGACUGGAUUGACUUUGGUGUUAUCAUUGGCAUUCUGUGCUUGAACGCUGCUGUCGGUUGGUAUCAAGAGAAACAGGCUGCAGAUGUUGUUGCUAGUCUUAAGGGAGAUAUCGCUAUGAGGGCCAACGUUAUUCGCGAUGGUGAGCAACAGGAAAUCCUAGCACGAGAGCUCGUGCCCGGCGAUGUGAUAAUUGUCGCAGACGGCCAGGUUGUGCCUGCAGAUUCGAAGGUUGUGUGUGAUUACAACGACCCCAAUGGAUUUGAGGAGUACAAAGAGCACCUCCAGCGCGGCGAUCUCAGCAGCUCGUCAGAAUCCGAUAUGGAAGAAGGCGAAGGCGAGGGUAAAGAAAAGGAAAAAGAAGCUGAGCCGAAGAAACCGGCCAGAAAGCGUGGUUACCCUAUUUUGGCCUGUGAUCACUCUGCUAUUACAGGAGAGUCGCUCGCGGUGGAUCGCUAUAUGGGCGGAAUGAUCUUCUAUACGACUGGCUGCAAACGUGGCAAGGCAUAUGCGAUUGUCCAAACCGGCGCAAAGACUUCGUUCGUCGGACGCACGGCUUCCAUGGUCCAGUCAGCGAAGGGAGCAGGCCAUUUUGAAAUGGUUAUGGAUAACAUUGGCACAUCACUCCUGAUCCUUGUCAUGGCAUGGAUUUUGAUCGCGUGGAUUGGUGGUUUCUUCCGACAUCUCCCAAUUGCUUCCCCUCGCCAGCAGACCCUCCUCCACUAUACUCUAUCAUUGUUAAUUAUCGGUGUUCCUGUUGGUCUUCCGGUUGUGACAACGACUACAAUGGCUGUAGGUGCAGCAUAUUUGGCAAAGAAGAAGGCUAUUGUGCAGAAGCUCACUGCCAUUGAAUCACUUGCUGGUGUUGAUAUUCUGUGUUCCGAUAAAACUGGAACAUUGACCGCAAAUAAACUCAGUAUCCGCGAUCCCUACGUGGCAGAAGGGGUAGAUAUCGACUGGCUAUUCGCCGUGGCCGCUCUUGCAUCUUCUCAUAAUAUCGAUUCUCUCGAUCCCAUUGACAAGGUCACGGUUCUGACACUCAGGUCAUAUCCCGGUGCGCGAGAGAUCCUCCGGAGAGGGUGGACGACACAGAAAUUCACCCCAUUUGACCCAGUUUCUAAACGUAUCGUAUCGGAGGUGAGCUGCGAUGGGGUUAAAUACGUCUGUACCAAAGGCGCGCCAAAGGCAGUUCUCCAAAUCUCCAACUGUUCGAAAGAAACUGCCGACCUCUACAAAGAAAAAGCCCAGGAAUUUGCGCACCGGGGCUUCCGAUCUUUGGGCGUUGCUGUUAAACGAGAAGGGGAAGACUGGACACUCUUGGGCAUGCUUCCAAUGUUCGAUCCGCCGCGAGAAGAUACGGCCCACACAAUUCACGAAUCGCAAAACCUUGGUAUCAGCGUGAAGAUGCUUACGGGUGAUGCCCUGGCAAUUGCAAAAGAGACGUGUAAAAUGCUCGCCUUGGGGACGAAGGUGUUCAACUCGGACAAGUUGAUACAUGGCGGUUUAAGCGGAGCAAUGGCCGGUGAUUUGGUUGAGAAGGCAGAUGGGUUCGCAGAGGUGUUUCCGGAACAUAAAUAUCAGGUUGUCGAGAUGCUUCAAGAACGAGGCCAUCUUACUGCGAUGACUGGUGAUGGUGUCAAUGAUGCACCGUCGUUAAAGAAAGCUGACUGCGGUAUUGCUGUUGAAGGAGCUUCGGAGGCCGCACAAUCAGCCGCAGACAUUGUCUUCCUAGAGCCGGGGCUGUCAACCAUCAUCGACUCGAUUAAAAUGGCACGACAGAUCUUCGCUCGGAUGAAGGCAUAUAUCCAAUACCGUAUCGCUCUCUGCCUGCACUUGGAAAUCUACCUAGUAACAUCAAUGCUCAUUAUCAACGAAAGUAUUCGUGUCGAGCUUAUUGUCUUCCUUGCCCUAUUCGCCGACUUGGCGACAGUUGCAGUUGCCUACGACAAUGCUUCAUUCGAACUACGCCCUGUGGAAUGGCAACUUCCAAAGAUCUGGUUUAUCUCAGUCCUCCUCGGUAUCCUCCUCGCGUUGGGCACCUGGGUAGUCCGCGGCAGUUUGUUCCUGCCAUCCGGUGGUAUUGUUCAAAACUGGGGUUCCAUCCAAGAAAUUCUGUUCCUUGAGGUUGCACUCACAGAAAACUGGCUUAUCUUCGUCACCCGUGGCAUUGAAACUUGGCCAUCCAUCCAUCUUGUCGUGGCCAUUCUCGGUGUCGACGUUCUGGCGACUAUAUUCUGUCUGUUCGGUUGGUUCAGCAACGAGACAAUGCCCACCAACCCUGCGACAUCCUUUGUCGAAACUACCAAUGGCUGGACGGAUAUCGUUACCGUGGUUCGAGUCUGGGGAUAUUCGCUCGGAGUGACAAUCGUCAUUGCGCUGGUAUACUUCAUGCUGAACAAGUUCCAGUGGCUUGAGAACCUGGGCCGAUCCAAGCGCGACAAGGGAGAUGUUAAGAUCGAGAACCUACUCGGCCACCUUUCUCGGCUGACAAUCGAGUAUGACCAGCCCGGAAAGCCAGUCGGACGAUUCUUCUUGGCAGCUACUAAGGAGGAGGAGGAUGUUGAGUAA